CGUCAGGAAUCGGCGGCCCGAUGUCUCAUCGAGUUGAUUAACGUCUGCCGAAAUCACGUUGCGUUCAACGCUCUAGAGGAGCCGGAGGAGGAAUCCACAAUGAGGACUACCACAUCUGCCAACGCCGCCGAGAACGACAAACUCGAGGCUCUACUACUUGCAAAGUCUCUCGCCGUCCUGGAUGCCUUUGAAAGCCAGGCAUUUCUGUCUCGAGUGUUUGACAUAAUUACGGACGAUUCCUCUUCUGCUGUCUGCCGGAACUCCGCAAUUGAGGUAUUCCUCGCUUGUGUGGACAAGGCAAAGUCUCCUACUGGUAUGCCCCCAAGUGCGGCUGGGGAAUACGACAUUCCUUUGGAUACUUUCCUCAAUACCCAAGUGGCCAAUUUCGUGAACCCCCUCAUUAGCAAGGCCAAUUGUCCCCUCUUGAAGACGCGGACUAAGCGAGUGGAAGCGCUGGCUUCCACCGUUGUCAUUCCGCGUCUCUCUAAGCUGUACAGUCUCCUCCAAUCAAAUACUGUCAUUGCUUCAUCACAACAGAACUACACCGUGAUGCCAACCACAGUGGGCGUACUGAACCCUCCAUUGGGAAAGAACCGUCUUGCGAUUGUGAAUCUUAUCUCUAUUCUCCCUCAGCUUCGUCAAAAUCGGGAUGACGCAGAUCACGGUGGUGAAAGCGAGGAAUUAAAAAAGGCCCUUUGUCAAGGACGCUUCCUGCCUUUCCUGAUGCACCUCUUUGAGACGUACGCCUUCAAUUCUCUCCUUCACAAAGCAAUUGCACUGCUAUUUAAACAUCUCUUGUCUCCGCCUUCGCUCUCCUCUCAGCCACCAUCAAGAAAGCCGUCAUUUGGGACAAAAAUGACAUUAGAGGAAUCAAAUGGUGCCAGUUCUGACGUGGAUAGUCCUAAAUCCCAAGGCAAUACCCCCAAGGACACAGAGGGUGAAGUGAAUAGAGGGAAGAGUCAACUGCCUGACUACCUGGUGCGGCACCUUCUCGACGACUGCCACAUCAUUGAAUGGAUCCUUCGACUCUCCUGCAUUCCCACCGAUCGGCCAAGCAAUGAGGAGCCCUCAUCGGUCUGUCGGGUCUCCAAAACUCGUCCUAAGCCGGGCUACUCUGGCUACCUCUGGCAGAUCGCGAACCUCGUGAACUCCCACUUCCCUACACCCGAGUCUCUAACAGGCCUCCCAUCGGAAGUUCUAACCGAAUGGCAGAUUUUUGUGCAACGUGAUCUUGCUGCCAUCAACGAGGCACAAACCAUUACCAAGGCCGACAGAAGUUUCGAGAAACCGGCUCCCAUUUCCCUUGGUGCUCUACACAUCGGUGAACCCGACUCCCACAUGGCUCAGUUGUUCAGGCUCCUUCAUGGCGGUACCGACCUCCAGUUUCUAACAUCACGAUUGGGUUCCGUCGGAGGACGUAGCCUCUCAGAUGCAGUUCCUCACCCCGAUCCCAACGAGGAUGCCUUUGAUGAUGACACCAACAAGGAGGUUGCAUCUGCGGUCAACCUUGAGGGUCGUCAUGGAAGUGAUAUAGACGAAGAUGAGGAUGAGGAGAGGCAGGCAGGGGUCGGAGAUAGUGAUGUGGAGGUUGGUAACAGUAGUAAUUCCUCGGAUGAGGAGGACCUUCAAUCCCCAAUGACCAUUCGUCAGCAACGAACCAAUCAAACGCCGGUCUUUCUUAACUCAACAAAUGGUCGUCUACCCUUUGCUAAGCCAGUAGACACUUCAAUCUCACCGUGGACCUCAGUGACGACAAUUCCCACCUCUUCUACUGUUGGCCUAAACAACACUGGGAAUGCCGCCACACUAGCUCUCGAAGAAGAUAAUGGAGGGGGUGGCACCGACCAAGACAAAGACUGGGCUGAUUUUGAGUCUGCUUCCUUCGAUUCUUCCAUUGCCUCAAUAACCUGCCCAACGGCUCUUCUUACUAUCCGUUUACCUAUUCACCUGCCAGUCUACAUCCUCUACCGUCUUGUCGAAUUGCACCCUUCUGUUGAAGUGUUGGUUGGGCCGGGCAUCAGUGUCAUUCACAGUUCGUAUUCUGCAGAAAUUGACUGA